UGCGGCCCGGCCACUACACACGACCUCCCGUCGGCCCAGUCCACACGACUAGGGUUUUAUAAGAGCGCUCUCCGCGAGACUCCACCCCUCCUCCCAAACCCUAGCGCCGGCGCCUCCACUUCUCUGCUCCCUCCUCUCCUCGCGCGCAGGGCCCGGCGAAAGGGAAGCAAGAUGUACACCGCCAGGAAGAAGAUCCAGAAGGACAAGGGCGUCGAGCCCUCCGAGUUCGAGGACACCGUCGCGCAGGCUUUCUUUGACCUGGAGAAUGGCAACCAGGAGCUCAAGAGCGACCUCAAGGACCUGUACAUCAACACUGCAAUCCAGAUGGAUGUUGUUGGCAACAGGAAGGCCGUGGUGAUCCAUGUGCCGUACCGUCUGCGCAAGCCCUUCAGGAAGAUCCAUGUCAGGCUCGUCAGGGAGCUGGAGAAGAAGUUUAGCGGCAAGGAUGUGGUCUUUGUUGCAACAAGAAGGAUUGUGAGGCCACCCAAGAAGGGUUCUGCUGUUCAGCGCCCUCGCACCAGGACCCUGACAGCUGUUCAUGAUGGUAUCUUGGAGGAUGUCGUGUACCCAGCUGAGAUUGUGGGGAAGCGUGUCAGAUACCGUUUGGAUGGUGCCAAGGUCAUCAAGAUCUACUUGGACCCAAAGGAGCGCAACAACACUGAAUACAAGCUGGAGACCUUCUCUGCAGUCUACCGCAGGCUUUGUGGGAAAGACGUUGUCUUUGAGUACCCUGUGACUGAAACCGCCUGAAGAUCCAUGCCUUGAAUGUCUCCAUUUCAUAUCUUUCUGAUCCAAAUGUUUUGGUUGAGGUCUUGGUUAGUUGUGCUAUCAAUGUAUUCCAGAAACAUAGUUUUGUUAACUAUCUGGGGUUAGGAAGUUUGAUGAAGAUGGCAAUGAACGUAAACAAUGUUAAAGUUUUGAGCAUUUAAAUGAUGAACCUAUGCUCCGUUA